UGAGACUCCCCCUACACUAGGCGAGACACACUUUGAUUAACGAACCAGGAGCCACGACGACGGGGGCAACGAAGAUAAGAACAAAAAAAGGAAGCAGGAACCGUCUUCGCAUCUUACUGGGAUGGGAGGGAAUGGGCUCUCUAAAGCCGACAGAGAGCUGCUCACGUGAGCGCUGCCCACCGCAUUCUAUCAUCUAACCAGCUAUUUCGCAGUUAAUUCGAAGCAGGACGCAUCGUCGUCAUCAGUUAUAUCCUGGGUCAGGAACAACACUGCUCCCUACAACAGCCUGCAACUGCAAUCGACAUGGCACAUCGCAAUCGCGACACAUCUGGAGAUGAGGAGACACUCACCGUGGAUGAGUUGCGCGGAAUGAUGAACAAGCGCCCUGUCCAAGCGAAGGAGCGAACGACUGACCCGGCACAAAACACUCAGAGGAUGGACGCGGCGCUCGCGAAGUGCAGGAUCGGUGUGGCUUACAUCGAUAUACUCAAAAUCAAGAACUCGUUGUUAUUCGGCAAAUAUAAUGAUCGGCCCCAGGAGGCCAGAGAGGUGAAUAAGCUUGUUGCGUCGUUUAAGAAGGAGGGGAUCCUGGCGAUGCGAGAAGCGACAGCGAUACCGAUCAUGCUAUCAGGCGCCCGCGUGAAGACUGGGUCAAGCCUCGUGGUCAACUUCGACAUCCCAGAUGCUGUACCACAGUUACAAUUGAAGGACGUCGACAAUAUUGUAGUGUCGUCAGGACAACACCGAGUUGCUGCGCUGAAGAAAUAUUCCGAAAUCGUCACUGAAGAGAUGGCGCGUAUGGAGCAACGCUGCAACGAUAUAACCGCUCGGAAGAAUCUGAGUCCAGACCACCUCACUGAAUUCAACAGGCUUCGCGACCAACUGGAUGACCUGCAGGGGACAAUAAUUCUGAUGGGAAAAUGGGGCGUCAUCGUGUAUGAUGAAGGUGAGUUCUACCGCUGUCUCUACUGUGCUACCGGAACCGUUGCGGCGACUGGGUAACACAAGUCGUGCGUUUGAUGUAUCAUUCAAGGGACCGCGUGUUUUGGCGUGUUUUAGCUAUGGUAUGAGUUGGGAUCAAUUGUCGUUGCAACGGGUCCAGUGGGGGUAUGAGCAUCCAGCGCUGAUUAGUAUGCACCUACAGACAAUGUGUUAGCGGAUGGUGACAUGUUGGCACACCACUUAUGUCGGAACAGAUCCUUGCACGAGUACAAGGAAACUGCCGAAGAAGUGUUGAGCCAGAUCUUGCGAUUAGUGAAAAAAGCUUACAACAAUGCUUCUGAGCAUGAGCGAGUCGCGGCAGC